GCUCGGUUUCUUUCCUCUCUCUCAUCACCCAUCAAGAUGCUGUCUCGUGUGGCUGCUGCCUCCACCCUUCUUCGCCGCGUGCCCGCGGUCGCUUCUGGGCGCCAUGCCUCCUCCAUCACCCUCAGCGCCGACGGCCAGCUGCAGGUGCCCAACGAUCCCAUCAUUCCUUUCAUUGAGGGUGAUGGUACCGGUCCUGAUAUCUGGAAGGCUUCCCAGUACGUCCUGGAUGGUGCCGUCGAGAAGGCCUACGGUGGUGACCGCAAGAUUGAGUGGCUCGAGGUCCUCGCCGGUGAAAAGGCUUUCCGCCAGACCGGCGAAUGGCUGCCCGCUGCCACCCUCGAUGCCUACCGCCAGUACCUCGUCGGCAUCAAGGGCCCUCUUACCACGCCCGUCUCUGGCGGUAUCCGCUCCCUGAACGUCGCUCUGCGCCAGGAGCUCGACCUGUACGUCUGCCUCCGCCCCGUCCGCUAUUUCAAGGGUGUGCCCAGCCCCGUGAAGAAGCCUGAGGAUGUUGAUAUGGUCAUCUUCCGCGAGAACACCGAGGACAUUUAUGCCGGUAUUGAGUUUGAGGCCGAGUCCCAGGAGGCCAAGGAGCUCGUUUCCUUCCUCGAGUCCAAGGGUGUGGCCAAGAAGAUCCGCUUCCCCAACUCUGCGGGUCUAGGCAUCAAGCCCGUCUCCCGCGAGGGUACCUCUCGUCUUGUCGAGGCGGCCAUCGAAUACGCCCUUGAGAACGGUCGCAAGAACCUCACCCUCGUGCACAAGGGCAACAUCAUGAAGUUCACCGAGGGUGCCUUCAAGGCCUGGGGCUACCAGGUCGCUGUCGAGAAGUUCCGCGACCAGAUUGUCACCGAGCGCGAGAGCUGGAUCCUGGGUAACCUCGACGACGGCAUCACCGAUGUUGUGCAAAACUGCCAGAAGAUUGAACCUGGCUACGACAUGAUGACCGAUGGCCAGCAGCAGACCCUCCAGAAGGAGGUCUCGGAUGUCAUCAAGGCCAUUGGCGCCACCCACGGCAAGGGCCAGUGGAAGAACAAGCUCAUUGUCAAGGACACCAUCGCCGAUAUCACCCUCCAGCAGGUCCUGACCCGUGCCAAGGACUUUGACGUCAUUGCCACCAUGAACCUCAACGGCGACUACCUCAGCGACGCCCUCGCUGCCCAAGUCGGCGGCAUUGGUAUUGCUCCCGGCGGUAACGCCAACUUCAAGACCGGCCAUGCUAUCUUCGAGGCCACCCACGGUACCGCCCCCAAGUACGCCAACCUCGACAAGGUCAACCCUGGCUCUGUCAUCCUCUCCGGUGAAAUGAUGCUUCGCCACAUGGGCUGGACCGAGGCCGCUGAUCUGAUCAUCAACUCCAUGGACAAGACCAUCGCCGACAAGACCGUCACCUAUGACUUUGAGCGUCUCAUGGACGGCGCCAAGCUUCUCAAGUGCUCCGAGUUUGGCAAGGCUCUCGUUAAGAACAUGUAAAUGCCUUCUCACCCUUACAAUCACGCGUUGAAGUUUACUGCAUGCUAAACAGAAACAACAACAACAACAACAACUCUUCCUGCCUGUGAUUAUCACACAACUUUCCUUCCCC